ACUACUCAACACAUUUUAGUUUGAUUAUAAUUCAACUUUGAAAACGAUACAAGAAGCUUUUAGGAUCGAAACUACUAGUAAUGGAGAAUGAGAAGCAAAACAAGAAACUCAAAAUCUUGUGUCUUCAUGGGUUCAGAACAAGUGGUGCCAUACUUCAAAAAGAAGUAGAAAAAUGGCCACAACCACUAUUGCAGAAGCUGGACCUGGUUUUCAUGGAUGGCCCGUACCCGGCUCAAGGCAAGUCUGGAGUUGAUGGUAUCUUUGAACCUCCUUUUUACGAAUGGUUCCAAGCUGAUGAGGAAUAUAAAGAAUUCUAUAACUUUGAAGAAUGUCUUGCUAAAAUUGAAAAGUUUAUGUUGACUCAUGGACCUUUUGAUGGUAUUCUUGGUUUUUCCCAGGGGGCCAUGUUAGCGGCAACAAUACCAGGCAUGCAAAGAGAAGGGGUGGCCCUAACAAAGGUUCCAAAGGUGAAGUUUCUAAUAAUAGCAUCUGGGGCUAAAUUUGGUAGUUCAAAGUUUGGGAUCCCUAAACUUGCAUCUGCUUCCUUCUCUACUCCCAUCACUACUCCAUCUCUACACAUUAUUGGAGAGACAGAUAUUGUAAAGGAGGAGGGCAUUGGUUUACUAGAGUCCUUCGUCGACCCUCUGAUCAUCCAUCAUCCCAAUGGACACACCAUACCAAUGCUAGAUGAUAAAAGCUUGGAGAUCUUCUACAACUUCAUUGCCAAAAUUCAAGAUCUGCCUUAAUGCUUAUACUAUGGGCUCGCCGAUAAAAAUAAAUAAAAUAGUUAUCUUUUUGAUUAAACAUAAAUAAAAUUCGAGGUGUUUAUAUUAAGCAAAUUAUGUAUAUAAUUCGGACUAGUGUUCAUAUUGUUUAGAAGUGCUACUUCAUAUAA